AGAUGUUAAUUUUGCUUAAAAUUGACAAUAUUUAAAUGAAUCUCUACUUUGUAAUGAAUUGAAGAUACUUUUUACUUAAUUGGAUAACAAAAUAUUUUUUAUUAGUUUAAAAAAUGUUAUUAUUCAGGGGCAUUGGAGACGGAUCCCCCCUGACAUCGUUUGGUGUAUCCGGCUCAGAUGUAGAGAAAGUCAGCGAGCCGGAGUCUGAGGCAGCACUCAGCGGCCGGACUGGUUCAUAAAGACGCACAUUCAUAAUGUCUGCCCCGUGCAUGUGCUCUCACAAUUUCAUUCCUUGAGGCUCAUCAUUUCAGAGGAGGACGACUGACAUUCAAACCCUGGUGAGUACAAACCACAGCAUCCUCACUGGGAGUCAUUAGGGGUCAUUUAUGAUGAUGAUGAUGUGUGAGGGGGAUGUGUGAGGCUGACUGAGGUACCAGUGCGCAGGAUGUGGCCGGGCUGCUGAAUGAUGAAACAUCUCACAUGGAUGUCAUGACGGCUGGGCGGUAGGGAGGGGGGGGACAAUUGAUUUCUUGGUAUACCUCAGGGAACAAUGUGUGCCUGAGUACAACAAGGAGCCACAUGGCACCGGUGUGGUUAGAUUGGUUUGGAAUUAUUCGCUUUUUACGCAUUUCUGAAUUGGAUGGUCCGCCCGGUUUUUUUUUUUACUCAUCCCUCCUGAAUCAUGUGCACACAGCCUUUGUGGACACACUCAUCCUCUCAGCCUUUAAUUUCAUCCCAUAACUGCGAUUACAGCCUCCAUACGAGUUGCACAGUGAAGGUUACUCAGCAUCAGCGCUCCUUUUCGGCUGCUGUGUUGCGUUCACGGGAUUAUGAAACGACGGCCUUUGCCUCAUACAAACGGGGCUAAUCUGGAAGCGGUAAAUGAAAUCUAUUAAUCACUUAAUCCUCGGGAUGGUGAAAGGCGGGAGGCGUGUAUUUUUGCGAUAUGGCCGUGCAUUUCUUCUGCGCUUUAGAGAAAUAGUUCAUGUGAGGUUAAAAAAACAUGGAAAACCAACACGCAGCUUUACAGGAUGCUCAAGUGUGGAGGGAAGGAUGUUGCGCACCUUAAUACGCAUUUUUGUAGAUGGUGUCCACACCCUUGCAUGCUUGAUAAAAAUCAUAUUUUGACACCAAUGCGUCUUUUGCAGCGUCCAAAUCUUGUAUGUUUCCUCUAUACGGCGCGGCGCAUGUCUGCUCAUUAUCCCACUUCUAUUUUGGAAGUUGACAUCCUUUCUCACAGGCUAUAGGGGCUUUUCCCAUCCAAGGCUGCUGCGGAGAAAAGGAGUGUUUGGGUUCAUAUGCAAAUGGCCUCCUCCCUUCAAUAAUUCAGGAGGCUGGAAACGCGAUAUAGUCUCCACACCACGACCUGUCACUGUCCAUGUCACCGUCCACCACCACCACCAGCAGCAGCAGCAGGCUAAUGUUCCCAGAAUCAAGAGUCAGAAUAAAAGUUAUCCCCAUCCAUGUUGCAGCCAAAGCCAGACAUGUGAUUUCCAUGUGAGAAAUAACUCUGCCCACCCGGGAUAAAGAAAUAAUUCUCUCUGUGGAGUUUUAAAGUCAGACAAGGUUACCUGGGAUAAGUGGAGAGUGGGAACUUUUAAAUUAGUAUCCGUAAAACAAACAUAUGAUACAGUACCGUGCUUUACAAUGUUGGGUUAAUGGUUUCAUGAGUCUGGGGUACAGUUUAAAGUUUGUUUUGCAUUUUUGAUCUUUAAAGCCCCUUAUCAUCUAAAGGUGUCAAACCUAGCUGAUUGAGGGCGCAUUCACACCACCCUCAUUCAGCCUGGAGCGUUUACCCCCUUGGUGCGGUUCGUUUGGGUCGGUGUGAACGCUGACCUCGAACUCUGGUGCGGUUCAUUUCUGGUGUGAACGUCAUCCAUACCAAUCACAGGAAACGCACCACACAUCUAGGCUAUUUGUAAUGCUGGUUGUGAAAUAAAUGUUGUCCGCUCAUCUCACUUGUCCCGAUUGACACCAGAGAGAAAACGCAUCGUGGUAAUCUCAUUAAUGCCUGUCGCCAUCUCGUCUUUGCCGCAGUUCGCGCUUGCUGGCUAACGAGCGGUUCAUAGGCGCAAUCGACUAGCAUCUUUUGAUACGCACUCCAGAUGAGUUGCAAAAGCAAAAUCAGCCUAUGAUGCUCCACGACAGGCGAAGACAGCAGAGCGGGGUUUGUUUUCCCGCAUAAACUAAUGAUCAAUAACCGAACGAUAUUCGCGGUCACGUGACUUCCGGUUCCGUUUUCUGGAGCGAUUGAGUUUGUCCUUUGUGAAUGCAAACCGGACCAGUUAAACAAUCAAAACAAAAGUAUCGUCCUGCCUUGGAUUCGAAUCAGGAAACUGACCUUUAGGUGUGAACACGACCUUAGGUUAUACAGGGUUCAUCUGGAGUAAAACAAGUAGGUUAUGGGGCGAAAUUAGAGGCUCUCUGAGUAAAGAGAAGAAGUAAAAGUAGACUGUUGACCAGACUCUCACAAACCUCCUUCAGAAGUUUUGCUUUUGCUCACUCUAAUAUUCUCUCUUUCCUCCACAGACAUUUGGUGAUAAUGAAGAAGUAAAACCACUUCCUGAUCUCUCAACUUCUAAGAACUGUUCUAAAACAAACUGAGCCAAAACUCUUUAAAAAAAAACUUGCAGCUUUGCACAAAGUUCCCCAAGUGACUUUUCGCACACACUUGGCCUUGCCCUUCCAGCCUGAUAACCAAAAAGACUUUCCACCCCUCGCACUUGUUUGCUUUAUCAAAUGCCCAAAAACAGCAAGGCCGUCAAGAGAGAGCUUGACGAGGAUGUCACAGAGUCUCACAAAGACCUGCUUUCCAACGAGGACGCCUGCGACGAUUCCUUCAAGAAGACAUCGCUGAUCGUCAACAACCAUGAAGGGGAUGGGAAAGAGUGUGACGUGGAGGAAGGGGGUUCGGAUGGCGAGGAGGAGGAACGCCCUGCCUGGAACAACAAGCUCCAGUACAUCCUGGCCCAGGUUGGCUUCUCUGUAGGCCUGGGCAACGUCUGGAGGUUCCCCUACCUGUGUCAGAAGAACGGAGGGGGUGAGUGACCCUUAAAUUAGCGUGCCAGCACACCAGAUCAGUGGUUGUCAAAAAAAAGUAAACCUCUAUGGCAAGAAGAGUAGGUCAAAGUUUCAGUAGGAAGUUUGCACGUCAACUCUGGUAACUGCUUCGGAUCUCUGCAAACAGUUUUCCAAAUUAAAAAAAUGUAAAUAACUUGAUUCAAAUGAACUUAAAUGAUAUUUUACCGCAGCAGAAUAGACUACGAUUAAAGAGUCAGUGACAUUUGCAGAUUUAAAUGUGUAAAAGAAACUAGAGGGCGAAUAUUUAUCUUAUUUAGUCUGUCCAAACUGCUCACUGACCUUCAGAUUGGACAUAAGAGUCAUGUGACUGUCUGGGUCUCUGCAGGCUGUGACAUUUCUACAACAGCAGCAGCAGCAGCUAAACCAGAUCUAUAACCUCGUAAAUCCCCAGUACAUUUUCAGGAAAACGUUCUGUGCACAGCUCCUGCUUCAAACAUUUCAGUCUAAUAAUAACAACAUCUAGCACUGCAUUCAAACCACAUACACCAAAAUGUCCUCGGCUGAACUGAUGCGCUAUGAAUUGAGUGUUGUCAGAGUCGGAUGAUGUAGACUCACUCCAGUGUUUACACUCUCAUGUGUCCUGUGAAGGUGAUAAGGUGUUGCUCAUCCCACCUGGAGAUUAUGUAGAGCUCUCUCUCUUACUAAAGCUGAUUAAAUGAAACCGUCUCAGACAGGUUUGUCCAGGCAGGAUAUAAACUACAGUUCAAGACAGAUUAAUUUGUAUAGCCUACUGCCAUUUGUAAGACAUAGAAGGGGGGCACAACCGCAAACCUUCACAUUAAGGUCUGAGUCUCUACAAUAUUACAUAAGGAAAACACUCCUCCUUGUAUCUUAACCACCUGCUUUGUUAUACCUUGUCAAACUAAUAUGAGAUGCUUUUUAUCGUAUGUUUCUACGUUUAUAGUUUGGCUAUAUUAUACCCAUGCAAUACAAAUAAGAGUGUAGCUUAACGAGGGUAAAUCUUAUGUCUUAAGACUUUCUCAUGGCCCGUAGAGAGGGAGCCUGAUUGUUGAGGACACUAAGGUGUUUCAUGUUGUGUUGAUUCUGAUGCCCCCUUUGGAUUAAACUGGUAGUGUUUUCCUGGGAAGAAGACCGCAUUUCCCACGAGUGCUAUCGCCCACUGUUGUAAAGUUGUUGCUAUGGUCAAAGUGUGCGUUUAUUGUGGGAGCUUUUCUCUGUUUGAGGCAAAAUUUUGAGUGAUGGGGUAAUAUUUUUGAUUUAUAGCAAUGUGAAAUUACAAACAUAGUGGUUUUUUUUUAGCUAUUACCAUUAGUAAGCAUACAAAACGUGACUUGACGUAGUGGUUUAAAUUAAAUUGUCACAGUGGUGACAUGCUGCUGAGCCCCGGUGUCCCAAUUAAUGUCUGAACACCGACUUGACACAGUUCAACUCCUUUGUCCUCAAAAAGCAGUAAAGCAUUCAUGCAUAAUUAACAUUAAAACCUGCUCAUAGCUACUAAGCUCUGUUAUCCAGCAAAGUCCUAGUUGUUAAGUUUCCCUCUACAAAAUAUAUCCUGUAACAAAACUGUAUCCUGACAAAAAUACAUAUUUUUGCAAAUCGUGCUACGGUAUCAGCCAUGAGUACAAAACAUAAUUUUAAAAGAAACAUCCAAAGAAAUAAAAAAACGCCUUUAGGUUGCAAGCUUACUUUUUACUGCCAAACUCUAUGAACAGAAAUCUGAGAUCUCAGAAUAAAGAAAAAAUAUCACUAAAAAGGUGAUUUUACUAUGUAGGUACUGAAGAUGCAUCAGUAUAAAAGUGGUACUCUUUCAAAACCAGAUAAAACUCCCCACUGUGUCUUAAUUGAGUCUAACAGGCACAUUUUGUAUGAUUUUUGAGUUUCAAAACAGGCGUCCCCUUCUGGUCCAUGUAGAGUUAUAGUCCUGUGUUGGUACUGUAGGACAGUGUGCGUGUGUGUGACCUGGGGGAGUUCAGUGCAGAUCAGCUCUCCUCUCUCUUUCUUGACUCUUUCAUGUUUUCAGGUCUGUUCUAAUCAGCUCUGGUCACCCUGCUGUGUUCAACUGUAAUUAGAUUAAAAUGGGACAGGUCGCUGUUUGUAUGUGUGUGUUUGUGUGUGUGUGUGUGUGUGUGUGCUUUUGUCUUCAUCUUUUAUCAGACUCCAGGAACCUGUGUGACAAAAAUAAAGCUCUAAUUUACACGAUGAAAAAAAUGUUUGUUCAAACUGAUGGCAGAGCAUACAAUUAUAAUUUCCACGGGCCUAUUAUCAGCACUUUGGCUCGCAUCUGGGCGUUACUGUUAACACUGUCAAGCCCAGUCUGCUGUUGUUUCUUCCUUUAAUUGGGUUGUCUUGACAGAAUUAAUUAUUCUUCGCAGUUUAAGCUACAUGUAUGCAAAUGAUUCAUGUCUUUGAACAUUGUGUUGAAAGUGCCAAGCUGUGUCUCACAUCUGUGCAAUGCAAAGGCUGGAUAAUUUUUACAGUAAUGCUCUGCGAUUGCAGGGGACUAUGUUGCUAUUUUAAGAAAAGAUGAAAUAGGCUCUUGUCAGGCUGUUUGCUUUCUCAAAGUGCUAUCAAAGUGUUCGAAUGUCCAAAGGAGGCUGUUGAAGCAUUUGAAGACAAUGGAAACCAGUGGGGGUUUUGAUGCUGGUGGAUGUCAAAGCCUCUUCCCAGAACGGACUGUGUACUCAGUGAACCAGAAUAAGAUGUUUUAAUAUUAGAAACCUCACAGUUUACUGUCCAUAGAAAAACACACGUGCUUAAGGAAACAGGCAUACACGUCCUGUCUGUGACCACUCCCUUCUGAGCCAAACCUGGGAGGGACAGCAGGACUCAGGAAAGGAUCUGAAUGAGCGUCCUGCCAGAUGAAAUAACAAACUGUGAUGAAACUAAUCUUGACAAAACAAUACACCUGUGGCGGAUGUUUUGACGCCGUCAUCAGUGAUUUAAACAUUACAGUAAGACCUUCCAGUUGGUUUUGAUGUUGUGCUGCAGCCCGUGAAAAGGAGGAGAAAGGUCACAAAGGGUUUUCUUUUUUUUUGAGACAGUCUUCAGAGUCGAAAUGUGGAGUCAACUUCAAAAAGUUUUCACAAAUUCACUCUGGGUUUUCUGUCAAGUUUGAAAUGAUGCAAUGGUUUUCUGACGGACUUUGUCGAUCGACAGUCUCAAACCUUCCUACACUUAAAGAAAAAAAACAACCUCCCCAUUGUAGCUCUCACGGUAGCAACAGGAAAAAAGAAAGAUAUUGUAUGAAAACUGCUGCUCCUGAACACAUGUAAAGCCCCUCGGCUGUUCGCUCUAAACUAAAGGUUUAAGUCUCCCUCUGUCUCUUUCGGCCAUCAUGUGCCUGGUUGUCUCUCUGCUCACGGGUACCCUCGUCUGUCUCCAGAGACAUGGGCCUCUGUAUUUUAUUACACCACUCUAUUACAGCCUGUCUUAAUGUUAGUCAUUCGCCCUGAAACCUUAAUGCCAGAGAGAGGAACGCUGCCUUUGUAAUGCACCUCAAAGUAAUCCCUCUGUAAUUUGGGUAAUUUUAGCCUUGAGCAUCUCUCCUGGUUUCUAGAAUUAUUUGAUUGCACCACACAGAUGUAAAAGGUGGAGACACACAGAUGCAGCUCUCCAUAGUAUGCAUAUGUGUGUGUGUUUGGUAACUAAUGAGACAUAUAAAGAGGGGCCACUGUGGGCUUCUAUGAGCUUUUAUGAAAAUGUGUCUCCAUCAGGGAGACAUUAAGUAGGAGUAUGGUUAACCCUUUUAAGCCUGUAAUAUUAACAGUCCGCCUGGUCAUUAUUCUCUUUUUUUAGCUGUAAAUGUGUCAAAAAGUGUCUUUUGUGUGAAAUCUUUUGCCCCUUUUCUCAAGAUAAGUUAAACUUUCAAAAUCUCUCAAGUAUUUUACAUUUUUAACAUGUUAUAUAUAGUUAAACUGUGUGAAAUAACAACAAAAAUAAAAAACGGAACUGAUUUUUUAGGAAGUUUUGUAUUUGUUAACACUGAAGAUGUACAGGUCCAAAGAUUCUGAGAUGACAAAAACUUUUUUUGAACUAUAAUACAACAACUCAAGCAGUUUUGUUUUCCUGGAACCUUCUUUUCACCUGUUACUGCUUGAAAAAGUCUACUAAUAACCAGGCGUUUUUUAGGAAUGAAACUCCCUGUAGCAAUUCCUAUCUAAUUGAAGGCAGAGUACAACUCUACACUCUUCACACUUCCAGGGAGUGCAGUGUUUUCUCCCCUGGCUGUCUCUCUGCCUUUUCUCCAUUGACUGCCCUCUGCUGGUGGGGCAGGAAAGCAGCCUUGAGUGGGGGGUGUGGGGGGCUUGGGUGGUGGAUUGAGUGGCACACCAAGCAGCUCGGCACACAGCUUCUCCUGGAAAGCCUGGUGUGUCAUGAGCUUCCUCUUCUGUGUCACACUGAUUUCUUUGUGGAGGAUAUAGCUGUUUGUUGCAGCUGUAUCCACAAGGUGUUGAAACACAGUCAUGGGCCAUCUUCUGGUCUUCCUGUGGACAGAGUUGGUGCCCAACAUCUGGUCAGAAGUGUUCACCCCUCCCAUGUACUUGUUGGAUGAGGGUCAGGGUCUGCCUCUGUCUUCCAGGCCUUCUGCAGUUGUGGUGAAUGACAUGCAGGAGCAUCACCAGCAGCAUCAGGACCACCACUGCUGCUGCUGUGCUGCCUGCGUCGGCCACAGACCAGACUUCGUCCCCGCCUUGUUAAUGAUAUCAUUAUAUUAGAACUAGAUUUGGGAGUAUGCAUACUCUUUCUUGCAGAUCUCCUCAACAUUUCUGCCUCCACUAUUACAAUCAAUACUAAAGGAACUAGCUAAAAACGGUCGUACUAAGGCAAGAACACGGCACGAAACACGGCAAAACGACACUCAAAACUUAUAAAAUGAACUCUAACACUAUGAUAAACAACAAUAAAUAUAAUAUAUACAAAGAUUAAUAUAAUAUAUACAAAGGUAAACAGCUAAAUUACCUCUAAAACGCCGCUAAAACUCCGAUGAAUCUCCCAGAUCUGCACUCUCUCUGCUCCAAAGUCUCCCUCACGUCAUGUGUUUUGAUCCGCGAAUCAGCACAAGGCCGCUGUCACUACCGUAAUGUAUCAUAUAUCAGCGCAAAGCUUAGAGUCUCAGCUUUCAGAAUCCGUUGGAAUUAUGUUGAUAGCGCAAAUGGUUCAAGAAUUACGGUACUAAAAGUGCAGCAUGUCAUUUUCUGUCGCCGACGACAGAGCCGUCGUAAAAGGGUUAAAGUUUACGAGGGUUAGUUGUGUUUGUGUGUGAGAGCAUGUGGCUCAUAAAGAGAUUAAAAACAAGGAAAUGUUUUUUAUCUAGAAACUGAAACUGUGCGGCUCUAUAAUUAUCUGAUGUUAUGACGCCUCUUCUAUACAUGUCUGUAAUUUGGCUCUAUUGUCUGUGUUGUUUUGACUGGUAGGAGCGUACCUGGUGCCCUAUCUCAUCCUGCUGAUACUGAUCGGCAUCCCGCUGUUCUUCUUGGAGCUUGCAGUGGGACAGCGUAUCCGCAGGGGCAGCAUCGGGGUGUGGAACUACAUCAGCCCUCGGCUGGGGGGCAUCGGCUUCGCCAGUUGUGUGGUGAGUUUGACAUUUGGGGUUUAUAUAACCCUCGUAUGACCUACAGAGAGGGACAAGUAAGGGGAUUUCACAACAACAUAGUGAUAUCAAGGACAGUAAAAUAACAUUGCUGAUAGACGGAAAGUAAAGGUUAACACAGUGUUAAAGGUCCCCUAUAACUAAUUAUUGUAAAAAGUUUGUAAAACACAGAGAAAGUAAAUGUUUUACCUUAUUUUUGAAGGUACAAAACAACCUCAAAACAUAGGUCCCCACUUAGUAAAAGCAAAGUGAGAGUCCUCUGUUUGCACUGUAGGACAAAAUGUGUGUUUAUACAACCAAAUGACUUGACACCUCUGCAUCUCAGUCAUUUCUCUUUCUUGGGUUCAUUCAUGGCUAAUACUUUUUAAAGUUUUUGAAAAGGCCAUCAUGAGAGCAGAUUUUCUAUUGUGUUUAUUUUGAUUUCGCAUUUCAAAACGAUCAUACAGCUGAUUCCUUUAAAAGAACUCCACAUAAGAAGGCGUGUUGACCUUGUUUGAUUAACACCAUUAUGUUUUAUAUAACUGCCAGACAAAAAAAUACAAUCGAUUUCUAAAAUUUGAGAAAAUACGAAAACAAAGUGACUCAUCCACCAUUGUUAGUUACACUGAUACGAUGUUGGUGCUUUGCUGUGAUCUGUCUAUCUUGUUUCUUUGUGUGUCUGAAGUUAAUUUGCCUCUCUUGUCCAUAGGUGUGCUUCUUUGUGGCUCUCUACUACAAUGUCAUCAUCAGCUGGAGCCUGUUUUAUUUCUCCCAGUCCUUCCAGCAGCCUCUGCCAUGGCAUGAGUGUCCUCUCGUCAAGAACAAGACCAGUACAUGUAAGAUUCUGAGCGUGUAAAAGUUCAUCAGCAAAAAUAACCACAGAGGUGCGAAACAAGACUAAAAUGUAAAUUCUGCAAUUUUGUUUCAAGAUGUGGAGCCAGAAUGUGAGAAGAGCUCGGCCACCACUUACUACUGGUAUCGUGAGGCACUCAACAUCUCUGACAGCAUCAGUGAGGGUGGGGGACUCAACUGGAAGAUGACGGUGUGCCUGCUGGCUGCCUGGUCUAUGGUUUGCUUGGCCAUGAUCAAGGGAAUCCAGUCAUCCGGGAAGGUAAGGAUGACAUGAUUUCCUGUUAGAAUUUAUUUUUGCGCAAGCUGCUUUUGCCCGCUGCUUUAAUGUUGUCUGAGGGGUAAGGGGAAACCUGGUGCAGACAGAUGCAGAGACGGAAAAACACCAAACCAAUCUUGGCGAGCUCUCCAGAAGAACAAUAUAAACAUUUCACAAUAAUAAUGUGGCUUACAGAUGGCAUGUCUUCCAUGUCGUCUUAUUCAACCCUUUGACAUCUUGAUCUGCAACACCGAAGAAAACUGCAAUAGCAUAGAAGAAGGCAGGAAUGCUUGAGGAGUGAGAGUGGGAGUGGUUUUGUAUGACACUCCUGUCAUUACACCGUCACAGGAGGCAUGACGCAGAUGCUUUUCUGCUUCCACAUGCUAGCCCGCAGAAAGAUUUAGAUAUAUUCAGAAUAAACAGGCAACGAAAAUGUUUUUUUUCCUUAGGACCUUCAGCUUUGAAAAAUCAGUAUUUGGUGCGAGUGAUACGAUAACUGUGUCCUUUGAGUCAGGACAACAGUCUGCUAUCAUAUCAAUAUCUUAUCAAACGUCUGUGGGGGAUAAUAUGUUUCAGAGAGGAAAUGUUAGCAGCUUGGCCUAUUUAACUACACAAACACAACUUCUAUACCCUGAAAAAUAGGAAACCGUGACAGGAACAAGGGGCCAUUUCUGGCCAAGAUGGAAAUCCUCUCACACCUAAUUAGCUCACUUUUAAUGCAGGGGCUUAUGGAGUGCAGCUGGAGUGGUACCUGGUUUAAAGGCACAGUGAAGUGACCACUGUAAUAUGACUUGACAAUUUUUUCUAAUGAUAUAGCUUCAGAUACAAGCCUGAGACCUCAUGUGAUCUUGAGUGGGAUUUAGUCUUUUUAAGAGCUGUAAAGCUGACAGUAGCGUGACUAGCAUCCGGAAGAGAUUAGCCCAUUUGCCAAAAGGUUGCCGUUUGCCUGCGUACUCACCCCACUCCUCUCUUUUUACAGGUGAUCUCUAUCAUUUCACACUUUCCCAUAUCAUAUGACAGGCAUUAGCCUCAGUGUGCUUCUAAGGUCACAGUCAAGCCUGCGCUAAUUGGAAAAAAUGGUUUCAACUUUUUAAUCUUCCUAGAAAGCAAGCUUUGAUGGGGGAGUCAUUUGAUUUUGGUAUUAACCCAGCCGCUUUGGGGUCAAGAUUAAUACAGUAUGGAUGAAUUUUAUUUUUCUGCUACUGAGUAACUUCUAGAAGACUUUUUUUUAGCUAACCAAAUGAAACAAGUCUUGGUAAUUGAGCCAAAACCUUUUAGAAUAAACUGAAACUUUUCAUAAACCAUUUAUUUUUAUUUUUCCCCUCCUGAAGCCUGCAGCCGGUUGUCACCAUGUAGAUUUGUCACUUCUUUAUCAUGGUAUCUACUACUCUAAAUAAAAGUACUCUCUCAAUACUACAGUAUUGUAGAAGAUUCUCCUCCAUUUCUACUGAAUUUAGCAAAGACAAAAAGCUUAAAUAUAAAUAUAAAUAAAUAUAAAUGUAAGUUUUUAUAAUGACACGAGUAUAAGACGACUGCGACUUUAAAACGACCCCCCUUUUAAAGACUAAUCUUUUGGAAAGACCAAACCUGCUAUGUUGGGUUGGGUCUCUAAAACGACACUAAUCACUAUUCCUCUGCUGUACGGCUGACACCUACCCCCUCACACUAGUAUUAGGUUUUAAAACUACUGUCUAGAAAUCUUCACUGUUGCUGCUGAUGGUCUUGUUUGUCGAUAUGAGUUUCAGUCUAUUUCAUACGGGUCAAAAACCCAAGCCUUAAUCUGUAAUGGAAACUCUUAAAACUUACAAUAUUUAGAGUGAACUUCAGAAGUAUAAUUGCUUUUUUUCAGCCACUGUAGUCACCUACUGGUCAUUUGAAAGAAUGCAGGUCUACUUCACUUCUGCGUCAGCUUUACUUGAAACAAAGAGAUUGCAUCACUUGUUGAAGCAGGAACAGGGUGGUCACCAGCCAAAACUGUUUUCCCGCCUCUCCAGAUGCACUCCUUUGCUCGAGUCUUAUCCCAGCAGCUGUCUGCUGUUCGCUCGACUCCGUCCAGACUCGGUCUUUCAUGCAACAGCUGCAGACAAAACAAGAUGGACGCCUUGAACAACAGAGGUGCUUUAAUCUUGGCCUGUGCCACAAAAGCUUUGCAGCGCUAGACAGUCUCAUUUCCCCUGCCAGCCGCAAGCUGCUGCCUGGCAAGAAAUGUCACUGAUAACCACAAUCACUGUCACAACCACUACCACAAUUCGAGGGUUAGCAGAGAGGAGGUUCAAAUCCAACCAUAGAUAUACUGUACUCGCUAAAACAAAGAAAUCGUUAAAGAAAAAAGGAGCCACCCAAGCUGCUGGUUAACGGUACAGUUUCUGCCAGAUGGUCUGCCUCUGACUACCUGGAGAGUCUGGUUGGCCUUUUGAGUUGGCCACAGUAGAAAUGGGCACGAACUUCUCGAGGAAGGGGCCAGCCCGAAGCGUCUUUGAAGUUUAGUCGGCACUGUGCGGCACAAAAGAAUAUUAAUGCCCUCUCCAUCCAUGUUCACAAAAGGCUUUUUUCCCCCCUGAAGAAUAUCCCUACAGCGAUCUGCAUUUCUCUCCCGGUUUUGUGUGUGCGUGGGUGGGCGUGAAAGGGAUCAGACCAUUUUGGUUACCAUGGUUAUACCCGCUCUUUUGGCUUGGCUUUAUUGUCAAGAGUGUGUCAAGAAGAGGAGGAGGGAGAGGGGCGAUCAAAAUGAUGAAAUUCAAGUGCAAAGUUGCCAAGUGCCAAUUAAAGCAUCAAAUUAUGUCAAAUUAGACAUUAUGUUCACUGCUAGGUUGAAAAUCUGGUUAUAUGUCCUCGUUUGACCCGGUCUGAUCAUUCAGGAGUGUGUCAGAAAAGAAGAGGUGGAGGAUGGGAUUGAAAUUAUCAAGUUCAUACUCUGCUGUUAGUAUCAAGUCAAAUAAUAACUGUAACUUUGAGAUAUAUCGUCAACAAUAACACGUCUGACUGUCAUCACGAGAAACUGACUUCUUCUAUCAAGGCUCAAAGAUAACAGAGCAUCUCUCAGAGCGCGACCUUUGCAGGCAGCACAUGUUAUCUGCCGUCACACAUAGUCUUUUAUUCUCUCCUUUGAUAGAGAAUAAGACAGAGCUCACAAAGGAGGAGAUAAAUGCUUAUCACAAAGGAUAGCCGCCUGUCUGGCUUUGUGCUGACCAAGGCCAUGAUGGUGUCCUUAAAAGAGGGCACAGUGCUGGAAAAGGGGCCAACUUGGGUGCCGACUUACAUUAGUAAUGUAUGUCUGCGUGCACAGAUCUGAGGAUUUAUUUACAAAUUUUUCAAGUUCAAGUUUAUCAUCAGUUAUCUGCAGCUGGCGUCAAAAAUACAAGAAUGGUAUCAAGUAGGGCAUAAAGAUAAAUAAUCCACCAUUUAAACAAGGACAGGGACUCUAGGGUGGCACACCAACAGGGCUGUGCAGUGGACAUUUAAAACGAGUCAAAGUAAGAUACAUGAAUACAGCAAAAAAUAAGAUAUAAACUGAAAAAUAUAUAAAACCCUAAAAGACUUUAGAGGUGCGAAACCGGGAUACAGUGAGGCUAACCCCAAUUCUGGCACUUCAAGUGACUUUAAAAUCCAGAUUUUAACCUUUAAAUUCAUAUUUUAUUAUCCCUGGUAAAAGUUUAAGCUCGUUUUAAAAGGUAAAUAGCAGUAAAAUACACGUCUUCCUUGCUGAGUUACUUUGUAUCAGGACUCUAAAUAAAGAUCAAACUCCGACAUCAGGGCUCAAAGGACCAGAUAAAAGAAUGCUCUUUUGAAAUGUGAAAAUUUACAAGCAGCCUGAAGCAACAAAGGCACAAAAGUACGUUUCAUCACAAGUUGAUAUGAUUAUAUAAGAAAUAAUCUUGAAUGGUGCAAUAAGAAACCAAAGUGUAAAAAGCUGCAGUUCCCCAAGUGUCCACUAGGGCCUGGCUUCACCUGUAUAUUUGUAUAUAAUCCUUUUUUAUGACUCUGGUUUUGGUGAUAUCACAGCUGGGAGUUUCACAUACCUAGGCAUUUCAAGGGGUGUGGCUAAUUUGUGAAACAAGACAGGCAGAUUGCAGCUGAUUGAUGCUAUGACAACCACCACCUCUUGGCUCUAUAACACCUUUACAGAAACCAGUGGGUGACAUCACUGAGGCUCCAUCCAUGGUUUAUACAGUCAGUGUGCUGACUUAUCAAAUAGCCGAUCACCGUGAAGGAUUCUGGGGCGGUACCUUGGAGAACCAAUUAGGUUGCGUGGAGCCCAUCCAUCCCAGGCCACCCCUGCUGAAAAUGCUGCCAUGGGUGUUCAUUUCAAACAUUUAUGUCUUUGUAAACCACAGUGGGGAUUUUCCCUGUGGAGCUCUGAGGAACCUGUUCAGCUUUCACAACCUGUACAUUACAAAAGGACAAAGCUACAUUACAGAGUCUUCUAUAAGGCAACAUAUGGACCACCAUGUAAGAGACUCAACGUCUAUGAAUCACACUAACCAAGCUUAUGACUCGACCCCAAACCAUCUCUCAAUGCCUGCACCCAAACCACACCGCCAGCUCUGUAAAGCAUUGUGUCAUGGUGUAGCCUUCUGAGUCAGGCCUCUCGCCCCUUAAAGAAUUACCUCGUCUACUCAGAGAGGGAGAGAAAAAAAUGAGAGGCCCACUGUCUGAUUAGCAAGAUAAUUGGACAAAGGGUCUCGCACAGGCUCGGUGGCUCUACCAGAUCAGGCCUGGGACCCUGCUGAUGCCAAUUAUACAACCUUUUUGGGGUACUCUGAGCCAUCACGUAGGCAUUAACACAGGUUGUCAAGUGGGCAUUAAAAGAAAUCAGAAAAGAGCGCAUAGUGGACUUCAAAUAAAUGUUAGGUUUAAGGUGUCUUUGGAUCGAGGGACAGGCAGUGAUAGAAAACAAGGAGGAGCUUGUAGGAGUUUGAUUCAAGAUGUUGCAAAUGAAUCUCUUAAAAAAUGUGGCAAAAACUAUUCCUGCACCUUUACUUUAAAAGAUUAAUCCUUGUAGGGUGGAGUGCACACGUAGUUGAAGAGUAGUUUAUUCAUACUCCAGGGCAGUAGGUGGUGAUGAUGCUCCUUAUUGCUGGUUGUCUUCCCCUAUUAAGCAACAUCCGGGAGGUGACUGUCAUUAAGACUUAAUUGUUCUUGGGUUGAAGCAAGUAGCAGUCUGAAUGCACUAAAACUGCAGCUACUUGGGUGUCCACUUGAUGCUGACUUGGAAUCCACAAACAUUAGCUGCUAGCAAAGCGGCUAAAGGCCCAGCACAAGUCCACAUCCUUGCUUUGGCUUGAAUUAUCAUUUCAAAUAUGGGACCCAUCCUUUUGAGCAGCUUUUGAGGAAAACACGCCAUGAUUGUUUUACUGGUGCUUGCUGCGUGUAAACAGGACAUUUCACUCUCUUGCAGGUGAUGUACUUCAGCUCCCUGUUCCCGUAUGUCGUGCUGUUUUGCUUCCUGGUGCGGUCUCUACUCCUGGAGGGCUCCAUGGAUGGGAUUCGGCACAUGUUUACACCCAAGGUAACACAGCUCUCAACUCAAGCAGCUGUUUCUCACAAGUGUUAAUGCAGGAAAUUGGAGGUAUUAAUGUGUGGUGUCGAACAAAACCAGUGACAAGAGUGGGUUUUAUUAUUCCAGAGUGGAAAUAUGUUUCGCACCUCAUUUGUUUUCUCUUUUACUUUUUUUUAAAGCUCUUUCUCAGACAUGUAGAGUUCACAUCCAGACUCAGUGCAUUUCCAUCCAGCUGCAGUUAAACUGAAUCCUCAGACUGUUGAAAAAAAAAAAAGUGAACUGAUUCUGAACUCAAAAAUUAAAUCUGCUCCGUGAUUGGCCGGCUCCUUAGCCAAUGACACCUCAGGCUGCGGAAUCAUGUCACCAUGGAAACUGCCGGAGUUACUGAGGCCUUAUGUAACCAACCAGCCGAGAAGACGUUCAGUCACAGCAGAGUCUGACCGUCUGUCUGGAUCAUGCGUCUGCUCAGCCUUGACGGUUGACAUCUUAAGACUUCAAAAGACGCGCUGUGCCUCCAUCUUCUCCUUCUGUACCUGCAAGACUUCAAAGUCCCGCUGCAUGUGCUCUGCUCUGUUUGAGAUCGCUGUAAAACAAAAGGAGGCUGUCAAGACGCCAGCUGUCAUCUGGCGAGAUGGUGCAAUGAAAUCUGGGUUUUCUUUUUCCUCCAGUGGAAUAUUCGAUUUUUAGUCAAUUUCAUGGACUGUUUGGCAUUAGAGGGAAAAAUUAAACAGGUGGUGGUGGAAACUGGAGGGGUUGAAUCCCAUCUGCAGUCCUUGAUGGAUAUGAAUUAAUUCGAUUCAGCAUGAUUUAAUUAGAUUCCAUUUGAUCCAGAAAUUUUUAAUCCAUCCUAAUCUGAAAUUAGGAUCCAGAAAGGGUGAGCAAGACCCCUUUGGCAGUCUAAUUUGCAUUACCCCUAAUCACUUGACGUCAUUCCUCUUAUUUCCUGGCCAAUGUUGGUAUAAAGAUCACUAAUGCUUCCAUGGCAAUGGGUUCUGAUCAGCCUACUUGCGUCACAGGUCGCGUCAUGUAGCGCUGGUGUAGCCUUAAAAAAGUAGAAAAACAGCUAAAAAGCUCUUCUAUCUAACAAAAAGUGCAGUUCCAGUGAUUUGUUAUGUCCAAAUCCACGAUACGUUACAAUCAGCUAAGAAGUGAAAAAGAUAUCAGCAACAGAAAAAUGUCUUCGCUGUAAGAAAAAAGGAACUUAAGUGGGAACGCAAGAAGGAAUAAGGGAUCGGGCCCCAUAGCUCCACAGAUUGUUCUUUCGCAACUCUCAAGACCAAUCUGAAAAGAGGAUCAGUGUUUUUACCACAGUGUCAACAGGCAACUGAAGCUGUAACACUGUCACACUGUAGAUUGAUUUGAUAUGACAUGAAUCAUUAGUUUCUCCCUGGUGUUUCUUUUGUUGUUGAGACUCCAUCACCGUUGUUUUGGGGUUUUGACUAAUAAGAAUCAAGUCUUUUACACAGUUGGGGAAUAAUCACUCAUGAUGUGUUAUCCUUCCAGUUGGGGAUCAUGUUGGAGCCAAAGGUUUGGCGAGAAGCUGCCACACAGGUCUUCUUCGCCCUCGGCCUCGGCUUCGGCGGCGUCAUCGCCUUCUCCAGCUACAACAAGAGGGACAACAACUGCCACUUCGACGCCGUCUUGGUGUCGUUCAUCAACUUCUUCACCUCUGUGCUGGCCACCCUGGUGGUGUUUGCUGUUCUUGGUUUCAAAGCCAACAUCAUGAUCAGCAAGUGUGUCUCUCUGUGAGUAUAAGCUUCCACUCACAUGACGGUAUUAAUAGAGUUUCCUGUAGACAUCGCAGAGCAGGUCGAGAAGUUCAGGUGUGACAGACGCCCACAAUGAGAAGAUGAUUAUGUCUACCUCUAGACAGGAAAAGGAUGCUGUAGUACAGUAUUCGUUAGAUAGCGAGAGUAGACUUUUAGAAACAUUACGGUAUAUUCGUGUUUUUCUUGGGGUGCAAGCUCUGCUAUUGUUAGCAAUGUUGGGAUCCUAUAUUUAGUAAUGUUAAAUAGGUUGUGUUCAACAGCUUUCUGUUUUGUACAAUCCCAAAAUAUCAUGAAUCUCAAGUCAAGUCUUCCACUGUUGCUGGAACCUCUGACACAGUUUGCAGCAGUUGCUAACCAUCAAUAACUCCUGGUUGCUUUUUUAGAAACACAAACAAGAUUGUGACGUUGUUGGGGAACGGCAUUGAAGGAAGCCUGAUCCCCCACCACAUCAACCUCACUCAGCCCAGCCAGGUCAGCAAUGAGGACUAUGCUGAAAUGUUCAGGGUCAUCAAGAUGGUGAAGGAGGACGACUUUCCUAAGCUGGGACUGGAUCCCUGCAGCAUUGAGGAGGAGCUCAAUAAGGUACCAGAACUAGAGUCUUGUGUUUUAUCGGCUUUUUAGUAAUAACGAUCUUCAAUUCAGUUGUCUGAAGCAAACAUACUUGUAAUAUUUUAAUAUUUGAGUGUUCACGUUUUCCUUGCUGCGCUGUUCAGUUUUAAGGCUGUUAAUCUGCUGUAGUUAGAUAAUUCUGAACCUUUUUUCUCUUUGUCUCUCAAACAGGCUGUCCAAGGCACAGGUCUGGCUUUCAUCGCCUUCACUGAGGCCAUGACUCACUUUCCAGCCUCGCCCUUCUGGUCCGUCAUGUUCUUUCUCAUGCUGGUUAACCUCGGCCUGGGUAGCAUGUUCGGCACCAUUGAGGGCAUCCUCACUCCGCUGAUAGACACGUUCAAAGUCCGCAAGGAGUUUCUUACAGGUUUGAGAAACCUCAGAUUAUUACAAAGAAAACACCAAACUUCUGUCAUAAAUAUUGACUUAAACCUAAUAGAAAAGGUUGAAUGACCACAGUUUGGAUUGUUAUGUAAAUGUAUUCAGCAAGAUAAACACUUUUGUUCCUGAGCUGGUUAUCUAAAGUUGUUCUCGAUAAGGAUAGUGCAAAUAUGGAUGAUGAAUGUCCAGACUAAUUCUGUCAGGGCAGAUACUUGAAGGAAGUAUUGGUAAGAUAUCUUGCAAAAGCAGGUGGAUGCUUGAUUGCAAAAAGGUGCUCUGCAGGCUUUGCAUAUGGUGAACCUUGAGAUUAGCUUUGCUGAGCAUAAUCCUUAGACAUCUGUCCUUGCUGCAUUUAAAUUAGGUAAUUGUAAACAGAAACAACACUGCAAUGUAUCCCGUCUGUGCUUUGUUGACAUUCUUAUUAUACCACAUUUACCAGCGUGCACAGUAACUAACCUGCUCCUCCUCUGCAGUGGGAUGCUGCGUGUUGGCCUUCUCCAUUGGUCUCCUGUUUGUUCAGCGCUCAGGGAACUACUAUGUGGCCAUGUUUGAUGACUACUCAGCUACUUUGCCUCUGCUCAUAGUGGUUGUACUGGAGAAUGUGGCAGUGGCCUGGGUCUACGGGAUUGAUAAGUGAGUACAUCACAGAAUUAUCAGCAUAUUGACAGUUCUUUGUAAAGAAUUACUCUGUUUAGGUCUAAGUCUAUUAUGGUCUGACUCAUCUAUUGCGGCAGUUGCUUGAGUUUCCUGAAUGGAUAAAUACACCACAGAAUUGUCUGCAUAUUGAUUAGGAUUUUUUGAUUGCUUAUUUUCAGCAUCAAAACAAAGUAAAAAUUUGUCUCACAUCCCAGGUGUGUGAAGUCUAAUGCUGUAAUGAUGGAAAUUAUUUGGUUUCAUACAAUUUUUAUCACAGUAUCAUCUGCAUAUAGACAAACUUUCAAAUAAUUUCUCAUGAGUUAAAGCAUAAAAUCUAACAGAUUGUUCUUAAACUGGUAUCGUUUAACUUCCACCUUGGUACUGGCAAUUGUCUGGGUUUAUGCAACUGAUAAAAACACUAUGUUGUCAUCUGCAUAUCAAUGGAAAUUUUUGUAAAUUUCUGUUAUUUUUUAGGUGACAAAACAGAGUAAAAGUGACUAUAACUCAACAUUUGGCGUCAAUGUCAGAGCAACAUUAGUAUCAUCUGCGUAUCUGAGAACUUUUGGGGGGUGGAAUUCAACAAAGUGUAUUAGACCUUUAACACAGGUGGUCUAACUCUUAGAUGGUGACAGUUGCAUGGGACUAAUAGUAAAGUACACAACAGUAUCAUCUGCAUAGAGACAAACUUUUUUAGAAUUACUCAUCAUUCGAAGGAUUAAAACAAAAUAAAACUUGUAAAUAUCCCACAUGACGAUUGCUUUGGGUUAUGAGAUCAAUAGGAAAUGCACUAUUUGGUCUUUUUUCAUUAUAUGUUGCACAAAAAAAACUUACUUAAACAUAUCUCAUAUCCCUCAGCUGAGUUUACCUGGCAUGACCUUGCUCUGUCUGCAUUUGAGGCGUAUUUAUAUACUUAAUUUACUACACACUGUGAUCCCUAUAUCAUAAUGCUUCUAUUGUAGCACCCAUUGAUUCAGUAUUUUGUUUGAAUGAGAUACUUUAAAUAAAAGCCAUAUAAAUAGCACACAAAGGCCACUGAGGUUAGAUAGGGGAGUUAUGAAACAAUUGUGAAUACUUCAUCAUAAACAUCUGAUCUCACCUCUUGCUGUGUCGCUCUGUGUUCACCCCCCUCCCUCACCUUACCACCACUCCCCUCAGAUUCUUUGAAGACCUGAAGGACAUGCUGGGCUUUACCCCGUACCUUUUCUACUAUUACAUGUGGAAGUACAUCACGCCCAUCCUGCUGCUGCUUCUCCUGGGCUCCAGCUUCGUCCAGCUGAUCAUGACUCCCCCGAGUUACAGUGCCUGGAUACAGGAAGAGGUGAGUAAACGUCUACGGCUCGUCUCUUUGGGGACCAGAGUUCAAUGUGGGUGGAAAUUCUCCUAUUUGUUACAAAAUCUGGAAGAAGUACAAAGCAACUUCAAAGGGUUCAAAGUGAUGUUGAAAUGUCCAAAAAAAAUGGGGGGAAAGGCUACAUUUUCACAGACAAAUGAUUAGAUCUGCAUCCUUUGGGCAAACAAUAGGAUGUGGGGUCUACCGUAGAGACUAUUUGAACACCUGUUUCAUAAUAUCACGAGAAGCUGGUCAUUUAAAAGCUCCAAUAGGAAGAGCCAAGGCCAAACAGAACGAAAUGUGCUAAAACGUACUUCUGAAUCUGUACAGGGAGGCUAACACUUCUAAAGUCCUCAGGGUUACUAAUUAGGUUAAACUACAGUUGGACUAAUCUGUACUGUAACAAGGAUUUUCCAAAAGUGAUUGGUCAUUAUUUUUCUUAUAAUACAGCUCAAGAACAGUUCUUAAAUCAGGAAAAAGAAAAUCUGUAUAAUGCUGGUCUGGAAGUAAACAGGGAGGUCAUUUAAAGGAACAUCCUCACCUUUCAUGACUCGUGCUUUUGUUUAGAGCACCACAGACUGUAUAAACUGGUCACAAGAUGAGAUGCCUCACUACCUUGAGGGUUAACUAACCCCUCUCAGUACUGCAGACACUUCAGGGCCUGCAUUCCUAACAUUCAAAUUUACGAUAACCAUCAGUAGAAAAUAAAAAGCUUAUCUGACCGCCUCUGUUUUUUGUCAUCCAGGCCAAAGAGCAGAGUAUGGGUUUCCCUCCAUGGGGCAUCGUGGUCUGCAUCUCCCUGGUGGUGAUGGCCGUCAUGCCCGUGCCCGUGGUCUUCGGCUUGCGCUACUUUAACAUCAUUGAUGAAAACACUAGCGGCCUUUCCACUGUCUCCUACAAGAAGGGCCGCAUCAUCAAGGAGAGCGCCCGGCCCGGGGAGGACGACGACGCCAGCCUGAUCCAAGGCAAGUCCCCCAGCGAGGCGCCCUCACCCAUGCCAGGGAACAGCAUCUACCGCAAGCAGAGCAACGGUGGUGGUCCUGAUGCUGACACCGCUCCUAACGGUCGUUACGGCAUCGGUUACCUGAUGGCCGACAUGCCGGAUAUGCCCGAGUCGGACUUAUAGACUGACUGAAAAGUAAGCCCUGCCCGGCCAUACCGGCUGGCCUUCCCUCCCCUCCACCCCUCUGCGUGCGUUUAGUUGGCUGUUACAUCAAUGUAUAUUUCACUUGUACUGUAUAUUCCUUGUAGAUAUUGUAGCUGCUCUCUUAUUUGUCAUCUCUGAACCUUAGCUGACAGUCUACAGUAAAAAAAAGAAUAAAGUGUGGGAAUUAUCGUCAUCCUUGUCUUACCCCUUGCUCGUUUGCCCGACUGUGUCCCAAACUCUCCUCUACCUCCUUCUCCCUCCGUCUUUUGCUCCCUCCUCUUUGCAGAUUGGAGAAGAAGUGUAAGCAAUAAGGUGGGGGCACCACCGAGCCGACUUGAACAAAAAUCUGCAGAGAGGGGAGCAAACCAGAGAGGGUUAAAGACCCACUCCGAUGAGAAUUAUGUUUUUCUUGUUUUUUACAUGUUCAUAUGGCAUUUUUUUGAUGCUACAUGACAAACCAUGAGAAAAAUAGGUGUGAAAUUGUAAUUCUGAGUGUUUCUGUGUUGGAAUCACUGUGAAUCUCUCACAGACCCAAACUGCAGGUUCAGAUACAGUGAGAUUUCCUAUGUCACAAUUCCAAGCUCCGCCCCCAAAGCCCUGCUAUGCAGGCCAGACUUGGAGAAGUAGAGAGGAUGAUCGCAGAACACCUGUGUGCGUUAGCCGAUUGCAAUGCUCAUUAGAAAGCUAAUGAUGAUGUUAGUUUUCAUCAUGUCCCCAAAGACAUUAGUGUCUGAGAGCUGAAUAGCUUCUGUGUUACCUGCCACUUCUACUUCACCAGCAAUGUUAGGCUACAAGCUAGUGUGAAUAAGAGUGUGCAGAGCAGCGCUGUCUCCCCCCACGACUCAGAAGCAAAUUGCUAAUGAUCUACUGGAGCUCUGCAGAAGAAGAGCCCUUAAAAAUGACACAGGUAACGCGACUUUGGCUAAAAACGUAAAAAUCACAAUUUGACCACUGAGAACACUUUGAGUCGUGAAAAAAAAAAAAAAUCGGAGUGGGACUUUAAGGGGGUCCAGAGGCGGGAGUUGGUGCUGUUACUGUGUCUGUGGAUGGUGUCAAUCAUGCCAGUCUUGAGUCCUGCUGUGUAAAAACUGUAUCUUGUGUACAUUAUGACUAACCUAACUGCUGGCCAACAAGUACUAAGAUUAUUAGCAGUGUAGCCACUCUGGAUAGCCUAAAGAUGCAAGAGAGUUCAGGUCAACUGAGUUCAAACAGAGAGAGGACGGCCUUUGAAAACCAGUCCCAUGAUUGUCUGCGAUAAAAGUGUGCCUAAGUAGUUUAUAUUUGUUUAUAGAAUACAUGACAGACGUUGUAUAUUUAAGGUAUUCUGUAAAUAUAAUAUAAAUAUUAUAAAUAUAUUUAUCUUGAUAGUUUGGAUAUCAGAACAUCAUGUUUUUAAGGUUCAGAGGUACUGCAAACCCUUAACUCUCGUGUCUUUGUUUUUUUACUAAUGUGCUCUGUCAAUGUUUGUGAGGACUGAGUCCUCCCUGUAAAUAUUUUUUUUCCAUAAAAUGGCUUCAGAUGCAAUGUCUUUUUUUUCCCGUCAAGAUUAAAGAUCAAACAUGGUCCAGAACCUGAAAAUCAUGUUUGGUUGGUGUGUUUUUUUCCUUAUUUUGGCCAAAUUGCAGGUUUUUAACUUAAACAAAUACCUUCAAAAAGACAGAGAACGCCAAAACGAUGUGCAAACAUCAAAACGUAAGUCCACACUGGUAAGUAGAAGUAUCCAAAUGUGAAUGAAAUCACUAAAACUCUCAUUUCAAUCAUUUUACUUAAAAAAAAAAUGACACUUCAUUUCACCCGGGUCACAUUUUCUUUUUGAAAAUGGUUCUCUAAAAACAAAAUAAACGUACAUUGCAGAAUGUGAAAUAAUAUUCACUCACCAUGAUAAAUACCAGUCACAAAAACUGUGUACAGAGCAGGCAGCAUCUGAGAAGUGCUAAAUUUGGCUGUGGAGUGAAUUUGCACUCAAGUAAACACAAAUAAGAAGAAUAAAUAAUAAAAUAUACAAUUUAAACAGCUUUUUUUUAUCCUUUGGCUUUCAUUCCAGUUUCUCCUGUUUGUUUUUUCUCUAAAACGGCGGGUAAACAACCGUUCACCAGGAGUCAGAGGUCUCUGAACAUCUGCACCGCUCUCAGGCCUGAUAGCAUGAAUCAGGACCUCUGUGUCCCUUUUGGAGGAACGUCUCUCUUCAUAAAUCACAAAGAUUGUCCUCAUCAUGUGUAUCACAGCACACUGCUUUAAAAAGGUCCACCUCUGAAACAAAAAGAGGAGAUGAGGAUCUCGAUUGAUGUGUUGAGUUGUCGGUGCAGAGAGGAAAGUUCAUAUGGCUGUCAGAAAAUGAGGUAAAAACGUCCCCUUCAGUGUGAGCUGCUGAUGCAUCCAUCUGCUGGAGAGUUGAUCCCUUUUCCACAAACAGUCUGCCAAAAAAAAGUUUGAUUAAAAAGUUACAAAAACAGCAUCAAAACAAGAUAUUAUAGAAAAGUAUUUGUGCUCCAAAUGACAAAAUUAUAAAAUAAAAAUGACAAAAAAGAACUGGAUGUAUAAUAAAAUGGUGGGCAGUCACUGAUGAAAGUAUGUCCCACUAAUACAGAAGCACAGGGUCGCAGCCUUGACCACUGACCAUUUCCUGCACGUCUUCCUCUGCUCUCUAUUCCCUACAGUUUUUGUCUUUCUUGCACUUCACAAUAAAAGCAAAAAUGCAGAGAAAAAAUACAAGUAUAUGCAGUGUAUUAAAACAGAAGUAUUUGGGGUGAUUAAGGGGUUAAAAGUGAAUAAACCAGGACAACAAAAGAAAGCAGCAAAGUGCAGACAGCGUGACUUCUAUCCUAUCUUCAGAUUAUGUGCAGAAGUGCAAAUGAUAAAAGAAGUCAAAUAUGCUUCUACUUACAGAAACUGUGGUUGUCAUGGUUAUUAUGCAGCCACACAGUUUGCAGGAUGAUGUAGUAUAAACAUAUACGCAGGUGUACACAUUAUGCAGUCCACACAGCUUCUUGGUUUGGGGUGUUUACCAUCAAUAUCAAACAAGAUAGACACUGACGCUGCAUAUGUAAAUAUCAAAUAAAGCAGGGAGGGAAAUGUUUAAGCUCCUGUGAGGAACUUUUGGUUUGGUGCCCCCCUGUGGAUGAAACAGUCUUUGCUCCUCUUGUCCUUAAGAGGUGACAAAAAAAAAAACAAAUCCAGCUGCCUUUUGAUGGUUAAAUGCAUCACAUUAAAAAACGUACAGGCUGUUCAUACGUGUAAAAAAGUAUUCCCCAUUCUUACUCUUACGUACAGUCAGAUGUGUGGGCUCAGACGUGGUGCAGCUGCUCCCUCAUCUUGGCAGCGAUCUGCUCUCUCUUCUCGCAGUGUUUUCUCAGGUCCCUGACCUCCAUCGGCAGCGUGCUGUUCCACACCAUCAGCACCGACUCCGGCUCCUCGUCUGGGACCACAGACAAAGCCGCAUGUGAGACCAACGAAACAGAGCCAGAUGUGGGACAAAUAAUAAACCAUCAAACUUACCAAACUGGUUCUUGUCUUGUGAGAGUCUUCUGCCGAGAACCAGGACCACAUUCUUCCAGUUUAGUGUUUCUGAUCAUGAGGGAAACAUCUGGAAUCACUACCAAAACUGUUCACUAUCGGUUUAUUUAUGACAGUAAAAAACAAACUGGGAUUAUUUAAAUUUUUGUACCCACCUAUGAGUGCAGAGGUGAUGCAGCGGAUGGAGCUGCAGCUGGGGCCGAGGACCUGCAGCGUCUGGUGUUUGGAGAGCUCCAGCAGCAGCAGGUGGCCCCCUCUAGUGCCGAUCCAGAAAGUUGCAGCGCUCUGCACCAGCAGGGCUUUCACUCUGGCCCAGGAGGGAGACGCCUCGGUGGGCAGCUCCGCCUCGCUGCCUUGCUUGCUCUUGCAGCCGGAGUGGUGUCUGCAGGGAGAGGAGUCGGCUGAAUUGAAUGAAACUUGUCGCUGGUGGUCUUGUCUGCUUUGGUUAUCAUGAAAAAGCUCCAGUGCGAGUUUUAGCCUAUUUCACGAACAUAAAAAACUCCACACUGGAGCAUUAAGUUCUCAGCGUUACCAAAAUAAAUCUGCUAUAAACCAGAUUCAUGUUUGAAUGCAAAACAAAUUAAAUAUAGCUUCAUAAAUCAUGUUGUGCAAUGAAAAUUGUUGUCUUAACUGUGGAUAAUCCUUAAAUUAACAAACAGAUGAUCAUUAGAUUCACACAGAUCGACACUGACUUCUUCAUUUGUACACCAUCAUGUCUCUGUGUGCGUUUUAUUACCUGAUGAUCUGAGCACAGUCGAUACAGUCCACCAUCCUCUCGCUCCUCUUGUCCCAAACCUCCACGGUUGCUGCCCCGGCUUUGCUCAGGUAAAUGUUUUUAUCCACAACCAUUCGAGACACACAUGACUCGCUACUCAAAGACCACUGCUGCCUGCAGGAGCACACACACAAACGCACACACACAGACACAAAACUGUGCUGUUAUACCUUCAUCCAGCUACACGAAAAUAGUACCCAUUCGUCGUUUUGCAGUGAACUUUCCCUUGUCUGCCUGCAUGAUUAAGACUCACUGAGACAUGAGGUUCGGUCUUGUGUCGAUGGUCCUGCAGACGUCAUAAUCGGCGGUGAAGGACAGGAUCUUAGUCCCACAGCCGGCCCACACACACCUGCUGUCUAAUGAAUGAAGCGACUGGCCCAGACACAUGACGGGCGUGUUGACGUUUCCCACGGUCAAAGUUUUAACUGGCUGUCCAUUCUUCUGCUGAGAGAAGGGAAGAAUACACUGUGGAUACCAAACUGUACUUUUACAGUGUAAAAAAAGAUCAAAUUAAAGAGCCCAAAUUUUGAACUUUUGUUCAAUAUUUUAUAUUUACCUUGAGAACAGAGUCUUCGUAAACAGUCAGAACUCCAUCAGCUGUCCCGACUAAUAAGUAAUUCUUCCUUUGGCUGAAAGAAAUGAAAACAUCAAAAGUUUUGACAAAGUUGAUCUUGUUUAGAAACUAUGAAACUGUCUCCAUAAUCAAUCUGAUUAAUCCUGUUUUCUGGCACACUAAUUAACUGAUUCCACUCUCUGAUCCUUUUACAUUUUUUCUUUAUUGGUCCAAGAAUCCAAACCAUGUAAGCCUGAGCCGCAAAUUCAUGAGAACCUGAGGAACAGCUCUGUUUGAACAGCAUCUGAACUGGUGCUGUCAUGAUAUUAGAUUUUUACCUCAUGAUUGUCAUGGGCAUAAUACACUCUGAUAACAAUAUUAUCAUGAUAAAUGUAUAUUUACAUCUUACCAGCUCAGUGUCUGAGACUUUUUAGAGGAAGAGUUUUCCUCAGACGAUUGUUUGCUGAGCUUUUAUUUUGAAAUUUAUUUUCUAUCUUGCAUUUAAAAGGAAUAUUCCAGCGUAAAUUUAAGUUAUGGCCAAACACACCAUAACACAGAGUUAGAAACCCUCUCGAGAGAUGAAUGUUGCCGACCGCUUGCUUCUCUGGUUAUACCAACUUCAGCUACACCCCUAACCCCCCUGAGUUAGGGGGUGUCUGACUCAGUGUUACGGUGUGUUUGACCAUAACUCAUAUUUACGUCGGAAUAUCCCAUUAAGUACCUCUUUGCUGUACAACAUGCUUUAAUUUUGAAGGAUGUGUCAUUUUCAGUCGAUUGUAUGUUUCCUCACUGAUUAAAAUCCAAUAUGGAAGCACAAAUGUUCAGUUACAUGAUAAGAAGCACAAGCUCAGAGGAAGGAUUUGGACUCAGUUAUUUUUGGAAAGUCAGUUUAUCUUACUUUCACUUUCUAUGCAUCUCUACAAAUAAGUAAAGGAGAAACAAAUUCAUGGGGGAGGUGUGAGUGAGUAGCGUACCCAACAUCUUCACACAUGUAGGAUUUAAUAUGCAAUGAGCUUCAUCGGACAGUUUAAAUAAUCUAAACAUCAAACUGGUUAAAAAAGUGAGUUACAUGGACUUCUCAUUUCAAACUUUAAGCAUUAAAUUUAAAAAAUAAAAGGUUAGGGGCCAGUCCAUUAUCAUUGUUUCGCACUAAUAUGAAAAACAAACACAGAUGUUUGGUUUUACUUCACAAGAAGACACCCACAGCCAUCAAUAAUCUGAUUAAUCUGAAGGAAAAUGCAGAGAUUAUAUUCUCUUCAAGGAAAAUGCAGAUACAGGGUGCUUUCUGUUUAACAGACGUCGAUGUUCCAGACUGAAUUAUGACUAACUUGUGAUACCGACAGCUUAACUAUGAUAAGAUGCUAACGUCAGUCAAGACAGAUGGCUUAUCCAAAUCUCUGGCCAGAUUCCUCAGGUAUUCAUAAUCCCCACAGGAUGACCUUGGAUUUACAUGAUCCUCUAACAACCCCAUCCACAGAGGAUUUUCAAAUACAGCACUAAGGAGGUGAAGACAGACCCCCCUGAAACCUUACAGGCUGAAAAUGACUGUACCCUGAAGUAAGAGGUCUCCUUUAAGUUUUGAUUUACAGACACUUACUUGCGGCGUGGGUGCACAUGGAAGUACAGCGAGGUGACAGCAUCUGUGACUCUCUGCAGGUGGUGCCAAGUGGGUUUGUCCUGGGUGCUCAUGACCACUAAGGAGCCAGACUGGGUGCCCGCUACCAGCCAAUCACUGGCUUCAUUUGGGAUUUGGACAGUCACAAGACACAAGACUGGACUGCUGUCAAUCUCCUGUAGGAGC